AUGCAAUCCCCAACCCCGCGCCUCCUCCCACUCGCCACGGCCCUCCUAGCCAUCAGCAGCAGCAACAACAACAUCAACAACCUCGUCCUCGCAAACCCAAUCCUCACCGCAAGAAUGGACAGCACAACCCCCGUCGGCACGAACCCGAUCGUGAACCCAACAGUAGAGUACCUAGGCUUCCAACGCGCCGACAACAGCUGCUCCCACCGCGACCUGGGCUUCACCGGCGCCAUCGCCGGGAAAUGGUACGCCGUCUGGGGCGACGUGCUCUGGUGCGACGCCGGUGUCACUGAUCCCGAACAGGACACGCCCGGCUUCCACGGCAUGGUCCGCGACGCCGUCUCCGCGACCACGGAUGACCCGCUCGUCGUGCACGAUCUCAACUUGGGUGAUAACCAGCGCCAGAGGCAGUUCAUCCCCUUCAACUCGUCCUGGGACGAAAAGUUUGAUACCGGGUUCGGCGGGACCAGUUUGGUUGAGACGGAUGCCACUACCGGCACCGGCGCCGUCUUUUACCUCGUUAACCAAAACUCAGACGGCCUAGUCGGCGCAGGCAUCGCAAAAGUCGACGUCCUCAACGGAACCCCCACCGUCACAGAACGCUUCGGCGACCGCGGCUUCUGGUGGAACGCCACAACGACUCCGCGCUACGGCGACAAAGCCGCCUUCCGCGACCCGCGCUCCGAGUACGUCUACGCCUGGGGCGGCCCGCCGACCACAAUCACCGACUGGGCCCAGGGCAGCUACGUCUACCUGGCCCGCGUCAAGGCUAGUGAGGCGUUCGACCUGAGCAAGUAUCAGUACUACUGGGGCCGCCAGCAGGGGUGGAAGCCCGACGUCUUGACGACGUUUUCGUCCGAGACUGCUACCGUCUGGGGUACGGGGCAGGGCCAGAUUGUGUGGAAUGAGUUCUUCCAGUGCUACAUCUUUGUUCACCUUGGUAUCGGCGGUGGCGAUGUCUUCUUGCGCACUGCCGCGAGCCCCGAGGGCCCGUGGACGCCGGAUGUCAAGAUCUUUCAGGCCCAGGCCAUCGACGGCGGGCUUGUCUACGCCGGCGUAGCUCAUCCGUACCUGGAUACGUCUGGGAAGACGCUGGUCAUCUCCUUUACCAACAACAACAGAAUUCAGGUGAUCAAGGCUACAUUUUCCAAGUGA